GGACCUUCCAGCGGCGUGGCCACAAGCCGGCCCGAGCGAGCGGUGUCGGCGCCGGCGGCGGCGGCCACCCCUGCGGGGAAUGUCGGCCGGGGGCCGUCGCUCCUGACGUCGGCCUCCUUCCUCGCGUGUCACAGCGCGGCCAUAAUGAGAGAUGUCCACGGGUGUCCACUGAAGCCUGGCGAGGGCGAGCAGCAUGGCGGUGUCAGGCCUACCCCGGGACCUCAGUGUGUUUCCAGUCAGCCGCAGUGUUGCCCGUUGGUGAUGUGAGCUUCAGUCCAGGACGCAACUUUUCUCCUCCAGCCGCCCUCGGCCUCACUCGGCAGCCAAUCAAAUGCACACGGACAAUGAACUGGCCAAUCAUGGCAAGCAGCUCAGCGGUGACGGACGAGCUCAAAUAGCCGCCGUCAACCUGCAGGCUGCUCCGCCGCCACCGCAGCAGCAGCAGCAGCAGCAGCAGCAGGCAGCCGCCGGUCACCUGGGGCCCAAGAGCCGCCUCGGUGCCGCCGGGGGCCAUGGCGUCCACAAAAGCAACUCCGGGCUGAAGGCCGCCAGCCAAUCGGCGAGCGGCAUCGGAGGGAUGCUAAAAACCAAAAGCAAGCGGGAGAGGAGCGUCUCUUUGGACUCUGGUGAUUCGCAACCAGCUGCCGCUAAAACCCUGGAGGCUGACGCCAAAGCAGAGGGUGUGACGCGCAGUAAGCGGCGAUGUGUCCUGGAGAAGAAGCAGCCAUACAGCGGAGACGAGUGGUGCUCUGGUCCUGACACGGAGGACGAUGAGGACAAGCCGCGCUCUACAACUCAACGUGAGCGAGGACCGUCAGGUCCCAGGCAAGUAAAUCCUGAUCAUCCGCCUUCUGCGCCCGCAUCUGAACCUCCAAUGGCACGUGCACCAGGACCAGUACCAGUUUCCGGACCUGCACCCAGACCUGCACCUGUGCUUAAGGCAGCGCUGCCUCCGUCGUCCUCGCAGCAACUGUUGUAUGUUUUUACAACAAACCUGGCCAACUGCGCCGCAGAGGCAGUCAUGAAAGGAAAGAUGGAUUCCAUUCUUCACUUUCACCAGCAAAAUGUUCCACGAGUCAAGCUGGAGCAGGGCUACCAACUGGGAAGGUUGAACUCCAGCUCGUCACCACCCACAGGCACCCCUAAAUCCAAAAGUGGAACCCCACAGCCCGUGUCAGCAGGAGGCGCAGCCCCCUUGUUCGUGGCAAGAACACAGACAACUGCUGGCCGCUCUGAUAAUGACUCCCCUCAGACCAGACUUGGCGGUCUGUCGACCAGUAACUGCGUUCUCUCAAGGAGGCCAGAGGGAGACGGCACAGCCACGCCCGUUGGACCAGUUUCAGGAACCGUACACAGCGAAGGUCUUCCGGUUGCUACUCUCUCUCCGUCGGGGAGUCCUUCCAUCCUGUCUGCACAUUUACAGAGCGACACAGGUCAGAGGAAUGUCGGCAGUCUUUCCAAGGAGCAGCUGGAACACCGGGAGCGCUCUUUGCAGACACUGAGAGACAUAGAAAGGCUGUUUCUACGCACUGGAGUAAGAGGAGGCCCCGGCGACACAGGAGGCCCUGGCAGUCAUCUCCCCAACAACGCUUCCACCGUAGUUCACAGCAGUAGUACUGACCGAGGUUCUGUCCUCGGCGAUGGUGACAACGGUACCAACACUGGAGAUUGCAGCAGUAGUAGCAUGGCACUCUCAGCCUUGGCCUCCAUGGGGGCCAUGAAGAAGUUUGAAGAACCACUGCAGUCCAUAAUGUCGCAAACGCAAUCGCUAGGUGCUGCCACGGACAGCCCCGAAAUGGAGCCUCACCACAAUCUGCCACAGCAGCAUCCUCAUCAUCCGAUGUCUUCACCUGGCCUUGACAUGGGUCCCUUAUUUGGACUGGAAGGGCUGAGCCCAGAACAAAUCGCGUGGCGUAAACUCCAAGAAGAAUACUACCAAGAAAAGAGGAGGCAACAGGAAAUCCAAAAUCCUCAACACUUUAGAAUGAUGACUGAGAUGGGGAUGCAUGGAGGUCCCAUGAUAAUGAGAGGACCGCCUCCGCCCUAUCACAGCAAGCCUGGAGAUCAACAAUGGGGUUCUGGAAAUAUGAUGGGUGGAGGAAUGCCAGGAAAUGUACGAAUGACGGGCAUGCAUCAAGAAGGACCUGGUCGUCCAAAGUUCUUAGCACAGGUGCAAAGGGGUCCACCAGGUGGAGGGGGGUUUCCCGGCAGUCCAGGAGGACUUUUAUCUGUUGAUGGACUCGGACCGCAAAGGUCCUCCAGAGGGAUUUGGCUCGAGAACAUGUCCAACAACGUGGAUGGCGGAGGUUCGUUUCCAGGUUGCUACCCUCCUCAGCACUUGCAGGAAGACUCAGAACUCUUAACCCGGGAGGAAUUGUUUCGCAUCGCAGAGAAACGGAAGGUGCAAGGGCUUCCUAGGUUUGAAAUUGAACGAUUGAUUGCACAGCAGCAACAGGGCUCAAGAAUUAUGGAUAAUCCCGGGGGCCCAGACUUCUCCAAUUUGGGUAUGGGCCGGGGUCCACCUUCCAACCAAGGGGAUCCUAUGGAUUUUCCUGGUUCACGGGAAAUGAUAGGCUCUCCUGGAGGGGGGCCUCAGAUCAGAGACCUAAUGGACUCCCCUCUAGGGGGAAACCUCUCAAUAAACAUGAACCCACAAAUGAAUAUUCAGCAGCAGCACAUGACGCUAUCUCAAAAGCUCAGAAGAGUCGCUGGACGUGGUGGGGCUUUAAGUGACUUUUUCAGUCCCGGAGAGAUAGCAAGAAUACGAGCUUCACAAAUCGAAAGAAGAAAUAUGGGAAUGGUGCCCGGACCUGAUGGACCCUUUCGUUUUCCAACUCAAGGUCAUUUCUCUAGUGGACCGAGUGAGGGGCCAUAUUCUCAACUGCCCGGUCCUGAAAUGUUUGGACCCGAGCAGGAGGGUCGUCAUCAGAUGGGAGGUACAUCACGUCUCAGUCAUAUGCCAAUCAUUGGAGACCUGAGAGGGGUGGGUCCCGGUCCACGGCAUCCUACCGACCUAUCAGUCAAAGUUCACCCACUGGCCUCUCCAUCACUGCAGCAUCCUCAUCAGUUAAAUUCUCCAUCUCUAAACCGAGAAGCACCAGGUCAUCUUACGUCUCCAUCUGCUCCAGGGCAGAAGUCUCCCUCCAUUAUCGGCCCUGUAGGCCCUCACCCUCCUCUUCAGCCUGCCUCUGGCGCAGGCACACCUUGCUCUUCUUCCCUGAAGUCCCCCCAGAUAAUGGGGUCUUCUAACCACGAGUUGCACUCGCCGUCGGUCUCUCCUGGACGACUCAAGUCCCCAGCUAUGGCCAUGGCCUCUCCGGCAUGGAUGUCUCCUAAAACAGCUCCGUCAAGUCCAGGUGGUCCGACUGUUGGCAGGGUAACCGGCAACGGGGGAAGUCAUCCUGAGACGGGGCGAGCACUACCCCCAAGAAGUUCCAACUCUACCCCUGAUGCCGCGUCGUCACAGAACCCCUUGUCACUGAUCAUGUCCCAGAUGUCCAAGUACGCCCUUCCUAGUACAACUCCUCUUUACCACGAUGCGAUCAAGACCAUUGCGACUUCUGAUGACGAGAUGAUGCCCGAUCGACCUCUUCUGCCCGGCGUCAGCAUCGGAGGCGGAAUGGGGAACCCUCCAACCUCCCAGAUUCUGGUCUCCCAGAGCUCCAUUGGUGCCCACAGUGAUUCUCAAAGCCCCUUGGGACUUCCAAGCCAAGGUCCACAGCAGUUGUCCCAUGAUGCCUCAGAGCCUGUGUUGUCUUCCCCAAACCAAAUGGGCCUACCGCUCAUGAAUUCGGCCAUGAUGGGAGGAGGAAGUGACGAACUGGGCCGUUGCAAUGUUUCGCCCAUGUCUCAAAACCAAAUGGCCGCUUUCGCCCGCAUGCACCCGUCGUCUCACGGGCGCAUGCGUUCGCCUAUGGGGAGAAUGUCGCAGAACUUCCCUCAGUCCAGUGAGGAUCUUCUGCCGCCUCAGCAGCUGCACAUGCUUAGUAAAGACCCUCACCAACGCCACGAGUCCUUCUCUCUGCCCAUGAGAGACGGUCCGGAUCUGAGCGAAGUCAUCCGACCCACUCACUCAGGGAUCCCUGAGUUUGACCUCUCCCGCAUCAUUCCGUCUGAUAAGCCCAGCAGCACUCUGCAGUAUUUCCCCAAGAGUGAACCCCACCAGGGAUCCGCGUCGCAGCAGCUCCCUCCCCAGCAGCUCCUCAAACACUUGUCUUCCUCCGGCCCCCCGCAUGGCGGCAUCUCCUCAUCCAACCCCCACUUGGCCAAUUUACAGAACAUGAUGGCUGAGCAGCAGAUGUCGCCCCACCCCGCACACGGCGGACUCGGCCCGAGCAUGGGUGUUCUUCCUGGGAAUGCCAGGGGAAUGAUGCCUGGUGCCGGCAUGGGGCCCAUGUGCCCCCCUGGGCAUAUGAUGGCAAGGACAGGCCCCAUGGGUCCCCAGCUUCAGCAACAGCAAACCAUGAUGGCCAACAGUCUUCUCCAGCAUCCCUCCAACCCGUACCCCGGACUGAUGUCAUCCCAGCAGCACCAGCACAGUCUGAUGGCACGGCAGAACGCCAUGAUGAUGCAGGCCAAGCAGCGAAGCAUGCCCAUGCCGGGAGAUCCCUUCGGCCCCCAGGCUCCUUUGAUGUCCCCUCAGGGUGCCAUGAUGGGCCCUGCCCAUGCACAGACGGGAAUGGUGGGACCCCAGACCCUCAGACAGCGGGGAAUGUCCCUGGAAAGCCCCAUUGGUUACGGCCCCGGCGGUAUGGCCAAUAUGCCUUUUUGACCCACCUCACGUGGCCUGUAAAAGCGUGUCUCCAUUACGUUCGCAUCGUGUCCGAGCUUUUUCAUCCUUCUGUUCGUUCUCGCUUGAAAUUUUAAAAACCGUACGUCAGCCACGAUCCCGCACAUCGCUGCCGACGUACACCUUGACUAUUUAAAAGCACUGUACGAUGGUUCAAUGUUAAAAAUCCCAAGCGCUUUUCUAAAAUACUGUAAAUUAUGUACAUUAAAGACGUGCUUGUUUGUCGGGAAUCACGAGGCAGUUACAAGAGGAGUGCCUAGAAUUUCUAUUUGUUUUUUUUGUCGAUUCGUUUUCUCCAGCUACCAAAAUGUCGCGCAAAUGAAUUCUCUAAAAAAAAAAAAAAAAAACAUCAUAAUAAUAAUAUAUACUUGCUGUAUAUAAGAUGCAAUUUGUGAUUGUUUGCACUCGUUCUGUAUAACUGUGUUUUAAUAAUAGACGUCUAAUGAGAAUCUCUAUGGUGGUUUUACUUUGGAGGCAACAGGACGUUGUUGCGGGGAAAUAAAUGAAAGCCUUAAUAA